UUUUAAAAUUUAAAUUUGUUACUGACUUAUGGUAUAAGCUUUUACCAUCUUUUAUUUUUUCACAUUGUUCAGGUGAACCAGCGGAAAAACCGCCACGAAAACUUUGUCCCGCAUGAUGCCAAUCGUGUGGCAUUAAGAGCAGUUCGUGGAGUGGAGGGAUCCGAUUACAUCAAUGCCAGUUACAUAGAUGGAUAUCACUCGCGAGCUGCUUAUAUCGCCACGCAGACGCCGUUAAUCACCACGGUGGACGAGUUCUGGCGCAUGCUUUGGGAAACAGGAUCAUGUUUAAUCGUGCGGCUAGAAGGCUCAACAGCGGUGGGAGAGCCACCCGUCGUAGACGUGUCUAUUUACUGGCCGACUAUCCAGUCCGCUAGACAUGGGUUCCUAGUUGUGGAUCCAAUCGGCAGCUACACUAUGGCCACUUGCGUGAUGCGGGAAUUUCGGCUCACUGACACGAGAGAUGGGACCACUCGUACCAUCCGUCAAUUUGAUGCGACCCAGACGACCGAUCGAAUGACUGAUUUGGAACAGAAUUACACAUUGACGCCCAGUGAAAAUGAGCUAGGUGUACGUCCAGCUGGAUCUGAACUUGAUGCAUUAUUUGACAAUACUCUAGAUAGUCUAGUUGGCAUCAAGCACCAGUCAUUUUCAAAUGGGUUCAGACAACUUUGUCAACUGCUGUGUGAAUCCAUGUUGGAGGUAGUGAUUCAGGUGCACAAAACCAAGGAGCAUUUCGGUAUGGAUGGCCCAAUCACAGUGCACUGCAAUUACGGAGCUGGUCGCACCGGCGUGUUUCUCACAAUUGCCCUCAUACUGGAACGAAUGCGGUAUGAGGGAGUGGUCGAUAUGUUUCAAACCGUCAAACUACUCAGGUGGCAACGUCCAGGCCUCGUUCGCACCCCGUGCGAAUAUGCAUUUUGUUAUUGUUGUGCAUUGGAAUACAUUGAAUCCUUUGAACGCUAUUCGAACUGAAGCACUGUGUGUUGCCAAUCGACAGAGGAGAGUAAACUGCCUUACAAUGGAAAAGUUUAACUUGCCAGCUGAGCCCAAUACUUAUCUGCGCGUCUUCUCUUCACACGAAGCCAAAGCCAAGGUCCUGGUCUUCCAAGCUCUUCUUUUCCCUGAAUCUUCCCCGUAUUUUAUCUAGAGAAACCGUACUCUGCAAUUGCCAUCAGAACCAAUGCUGUGAUGUUUCCAUUACUCAUGUACAAAUGUAUUUGGAUUUUAC